GCAUUUGCCAUUGGCAAUGGUCGGGUUUUCAAAUGGUCCCAGUAGCGGUGGAGCGCGCCCCGCUCCGGAUCCGAGUCGAAUCUUGAAUUUCGAAAUCAGAAUUUGAAAUUGGGAACGGCGCUGGCACGCUCUCUUUCUCUCUCUACAAAGCGGGUCCAGACCCAUGCCCCGCGGACGAGUGCCAAUGUGGCAUUGCCCCUUCUCUCUCCUCCCUUCGCUCUCUCUCCCAUCAAUAAAUUCACCCCCGACCGUUACGUCUUCAGUCUCCCUCUUCUCUCUCUCUCUCUCUCUCUCUCUCUCUCUCUCUGGGGUACUGCAGCUGGGAGUUUUGAGUUUUUUUUUAGGAACAUCGAAGCGGCGGGGGAGGAGAGAUUGGAAGGACUGCGAGGCUUCUUCGCGAGAUGAAUGUGAUCGCCGCCUUUAAUUGAGGGUGGCUGUGACUUUUAACUCAAAAAAUAAAAUUAGAGAGGGAAAAAAAGGGCAUAGGUGUGGUUGAUGAUGUUGAUGACAAUGUUGAAGGGCAGAAAAUUGGCUUGCUGUUCUGGUGACAGAGGCACCAGCUUCGACUUUGAUGAGCCAGAGAGGAUAACGACAUACAAUGGCCUAGAAAGUUGUAUUCUGAACAGCCACUCUUAUGAAAAUGAAAGUGGCACAAGCAGAGGAGAUGGUGGUGCAACUGACUCUAUGGAUGAUGAUGAUUCGAGCUGUUCGUCUAGCAAAGAUGCAUUUGGGUCAUUCUCUUCUCAUUGGAUGAUGAAGAGGGAUGAGCAGAUAGAUGAAUGGGAGGUAGAAAGCCCUCAACGUUUUUAUGUCAAGGAGAAACCAGCUUAUGCUACCCGGUCCUCAGAUGUGGAGAUCAUGAAAGAAAAAUUUGCAAAUCUGUUGUUGGGUGAAGAUAUCUCAGGGGGAUGCAAGGGCCUCUCCACAGCAUUAGCGUUGUCCAAUGCCAUUACAAAUCUUGCAGCUUCAGUUUUUGGGGAGAUGUGGAAACUGGAACCACUACCUGAAGAAAGGAAAAGAAAAUGGCAAAGGGAGAUGAGCUGGUUGAUCUCCCCAACCAACUAUAUGGUCGAGUUGGUUCCUGCAAAGCAAAACGGUGCCAAUGGCGGGGCCUUGGAGAUAAUGAUCCCAAAAGCUCGCAUGGACAUUCACAUGAACCUGCCAGCCCUUCAGAAGCUUGACUCCAUGCUUCUUGACACAUUGGAUUCCAUGGUGAACACUGAAUUUUGGUAUGCUGAAGGAGGCAGCCGAGCAGAAGGAAGGAGCAGCAAUGCAAAGCACAGCAAUAGGUGGUGGCUGCCAUCUCCCCAAGUACCAAAAGCUGGGCUAUCAGAUGCUGAAAGGAAGAAAUUGCUAAAUCAGGGCAAGGUAGUACAUCAAGUUUUCAAGGCUGCCAAAUCCAUCAACCAGAAUGUGUUGCAAGAAAUGCCUGUGCCAACUGUCAUUCAAGAUGCUCUCACAAAAUCAGGAAAGGCAAGCCUUGGUGAGGAACUGUAUAAGGUCUUAACUGUGGAAUCAAGCUCGGCUGAGGAAAUGCUGAAUUCCCUCAGUUUGAAAUCUGAACACAGAGCCCUUGAGAGUGUUAACAGGUUGGAAGCUGCCAUAGUUGCAUGGAAAGAGAGAAUCACAGAGCAAGUAAGUGGGAAAUCUCCAGUCCGAUCAUCAUGGUCCUUCAUGAAAGAUCCAAUAUCUGAGCUGGAUAAGAUGGAGUUGCUGUUGGGCCAAGCAGAAGCUCUUCUGCAGCAACUCAAAUCCAGAUAUCCGAACCUUCCUCAAACUUUUAUUGAAGUUACUAAGAUUCAAUAUGGCAAGGAUAUCGGGCAUUCAAUCCUGGAAGCAUAUUCUCGGGUUCUUGGCAACUUGGCAUUCAGCAUAUUGUCAAGGAUAGGAGAUAUCCUGCAAGAAGAUGUUUUGAGAAAUCCUAAUUCCCCAGUGGCAGCGAGCUAUUUUCCAGGAGUAAAUCUCGGUGAAAUAUUAGGAAAUCCAGCGGUGAGUUUACGGGUGAGGCACUCUCUCAUUGAUCAGAUGAACAGAGUGGAUGGAAGAUUCAGCGAGUCCAAUGGAAGCAGAUUUUCUGAUGCUGAAUUUUCAUCUAGUGAGGCCAAAACAAGUUCAGUGACAGCCACGCCCAGUCGCAGCAGAGUCUGGUGUAUUGGUAGGGAGUCUUGUGGCACUACUUCUUCCCACAAUUCCCCUUGACUGCAAUGGUAGUAGCUAGAAGGAGUAUCUAUCCCCUGUCACUAUUCUCAUUGAUGCUAAAAGAGUGAUUUUUAGUGGCUCUUUCUGUAUAUGAUAUUUCCAUAUGCCUAAUGGAAACUUGACAAAUUUUGUUUCACAGUAUAUACCUCAUGCUUUUUUGCCCCAA